UCAAACAGCUUUGACCUGCACUGAUAACAGCAUUUACAAGGAAUGCACAAGUGCCUGUCCUGCAUCCUGCAGCAACAUGGCAUCAGAGUCUGAAUGUGAGGCACCAUGCUAUGAAGGAUGCCAGUGUGAGCCUGGAUUCAUACUCAGUGGAUUUGACUGUGUGCCAUACAAAGAGUGUGGAUGUACUUACCUCAAUAAAUACUACAUGACUGGUGAUCGCUUCAUUAAAGAUGACUGUUCACAGAACUGCACUUGCGCAGAUACUUCCUCUGUAGUUUGUGAGGACAAGCAGUGUAAAGAAUGGGAGGAAUGUACUACAGCCAGUCAGAUUCGUGGAUGCUAUAUACCAAGCCCAUGUCUGGAAAACCCUUGUGAGAAUGGUGGUACCUGUGUGGAAUUGUCAGGAACAGACAAUACGACUGAUGGCAUGCACUGUAUGUGCCCCAGCACCCACAAAGGAACCUACUGCGAGGAGGAGAAUGAAAGUAAGUUACUGGUUAAUUUAUGCCACAAAUAUAUAUCUUUUUGCAAUCAUUAAGAUAGAGUAUGCAGUAUUUGUGU